AUGCGUCCCCUGAAUGGGAAGUCCUCCGAAGCAGCGGCCAACCUGUUGGCAGCCUUUCGAGUGGCGUCUCAUGAAUUUUCGAAGGAUAAGCACACGCAUCCCAAUAGUCCUGGCGUUUUUGUAGUCAUCAACGAUGAGAUCCACUCGCCUCGGACCGUCACUAAGACGAAUACUCUUCGCGUUGGAGCUUUCCAAUCUCCAUGGCGAGGACCAAUCGGAUACGUUGAUGGAGACACGGUCAACAUCACGUCGCAGCUUCUAAGUUCUCCCAGCAACAAGUUCUCGCCUGAUCUGCUGCGUGAUGGAUUGCCUCGUGUGGAUAUUGUGUACAGUCAUGCCGGUUCCGAUGGAGCCAUGGUGAGAGCCUGCGUUGCUGCUGGUGCUAGAGGAAUCGUGUCGGCCGGGUUCGGACCAGGCUUGGGCACACCAGCCGAGAUUGCUGCCUUUGGUGAAGCCAUUGAAGAUUCCAACGGGCAAGUCACUGUGGUGCAGUCGUCAAGGCUUGGAGCGGGAGUGGUUGUGGACAGCAAGCAGCACCAAAAACUGGGCAUUAUCGCUGGGAACGAUCUUAACCCUCAGAAGGCUCGCAUUCUCUUGGCUCUGUGUCUUGCAAAUAACUGGACUCAUGAUCAAAUCAGGAAAACAUUCGAACUUGCAUAA